AUGCAGGACCGGGAUGUCUCCAUCUACUACUUCGAGGCUGUCCUUCGAGUCGGCUGGUGCGUUGAACUUUCUUCGUCUUCUGCGAUCACCCCGAUCCUCGCUCAUGCGCAGCUCCAAACCUUUUCCCUCGGAUUGGACCAGUCUGUCACCCCCCGCGACCAGCCGUGCUGGUACCGCGUCGAGGCUGUCUCUUACAUCGCCUCCUUCAUCUUCGUGGGCGUCAUAUACUUCCUCCCCACAAAGCACCUCCAUGCUCAGGACCAGUGCGACGUCCCCGAGCUCUUCCACGACGUGCACAGACAACAUUCCAGCCCGAGAUCGGCCGGCCCAUCGACCUCCUCCUCCAACGCGGCAGAAGACAUCUUCAAGACCGCCUGCUACUCCUUCUACCUCCCCGUCGCUCUCGUCAUGCGCCUCCGCGGCAUCCCCCAGUUGGCUUCUCUGGUCCUGGGCGACUUCCUCGACUACGCCGCACCGCCCGAGGUCCUCCGCAAGAUGGGACGAACGUUGUCGAUAUCAAAUGCUCCUGGCGCGUCAACGCCACGCUACGGCCACAAGGAGCCCGCGACGGAGGCGCAUGCUAAGGCGUGCUACGUUGACAUCCGGGCGCGGUGCGCCGAGUAA